AUGGCCUUUGCAAAUAGCCCUUGGGUAGUUCAGCUGUUCUGUGCCUUUCAAGAUGACAAGUACCUUUACAUGGUGAUGGAGUACAUGCCAGGUGGUGAUCUUGUGAACCUUAUGAGUAACUACGAUGUGCCUGAGAAGUGGGCCAAAUUCUACACUGCCGAAGUGGUCCUUGCCCUUGAUGCCAUUCACUCCAUGGGUUUGAUCCACCGAGACGUCAAACCUGACAACAUGCUGCUGGAUAAACAUGGACACGUGAAGCUAGCUGACUUUGGCACCUGUAUGAAGAUGGAUGAAACAGGUAUGGUGCGUUGUGACACGGCAGUUGGAACACCAGACUACAUAUCACCUGAAGUGUUGAAGUCUCAGGGGGGAGACGGCUACUAUGGACGGGAGUGUGACUGGUGGUCUGUGGGAGUCUUCUUGUUUGAGAUGUUAGUUGGAGAUACUCCAUUCUAUGCAGACUCUUUGGUUGGAACCUACAGUAAGAUCAUGGAUCACAAGAACUCGUUAAAUUUUCCAGAAGAUGUGGAAAUUUCCAAGCAUGCCAAAAACCUCAUCUGUGCCUUCCUAACAGACAGAGAGGUGCGUCUCGGGAGGAAUGGCAUAGAGGAGAUAAAACAACACGCCUUCUUCAAGAACGACCAGUGGACCUGGGACAACAUCCGAGAGACGGCUGCCCCUGUGGUCCCCGAGUUGAGUAGUGACGUCGACACCAGCAAUUUUGAUGACAUUGAAGAUGACAAAGGGGACGUGGAGACCUUCCCAGUCCCUAAAGCCUAUGCUGGGAACCAGCUGCCUUUUAUUGGCUUCACCUAUUACCGUGAAAACCUAUUGCUGAAGGACCCUUCCCAAUUCAGGGAAGAAAAGAAUUCUUCCAUACAGCCUACAAAAGAGGAAUCUGCACAGUUCCAGAAAUCCAUUCAGCAGCUAAAGGAUAAGCUCCAAAAUGAGGUGCAAUCUAAAGAGGAGCUUGAACACAAAUACAGGUCCUUAAAUUCUCGGCUGGAGAAGACAUUGAGGGAACUGGAUGAAGAGGCAAAUUCUCGGAAGAACUUGGAAUCCACUAGUCGGCAGCUGGAGAGAGAGAAAAGCUCUUUUGCAGCACAAGAGUGCCGAGUACCAAAGAAAAAUUGAAAAUGAGGCAGAUAAGAAACGCAGCCUAGAAAAUGAAGUGAAUAGCCUUAAGGAUCAACUUGAAGACCUGAAAAAGAGAAACCAAAAUUCCCAAAUCUCCAAUGAGAAAAUAAAUCAGCUGCAAAGACAGCUGGAUGAGGCCAAUGCUCUCCUCCGGACAGAGUCUGAUACAGCUGCCCGUUUACGAAAAACACAGAAUGAAAUGUCCAAACAGAUUCAGCAGUUGGAAACAAAUAAUCGUGAACUCCAGGAUAAGACGUGCAUGUUGGAGAAUGCUAAACUCAAGCUAGAGAAAGAUUACAUCAACCUGCAGUCUGCUCUUGAGUCUGAAAAGAGGGAUAAGACUCAUGGUUCAGAGAUCAUCAGUGACCUUCAGGGCCGGAUAUCUGUUCUAGAGGAGGAAGUAAAGAAAGGGAAGGAUCUCCUGGCUCGGGCGGAAUCAGAAAAGAGACAACUUCACGAGCGAUAUGGUGCCCUGGAAAAGGAAAAAAACAACCUGGAGAUUGACAUGACAUACAAGCUGAAAGCACUGCAGCAAUGUGUGGAGAAGGAGGAAGCCGAACACAAAGCCACCAAGGCACGGCUGGCUGACAAGAACAAAAUCUACCAAUCUAUUGAGGAGACCAAAUCAGAAGCCAUGAAAGACAUGGAGAGGAAGCUGCAAGAGGAGCGCCUGUCCAAACAGAGACUGGAGAACAACCUGCUGGAGGCAGAGAAGCAGUGCUCAAUGCUGGACUGUGACCUAAAACAAGCCAAACAGAAGAUCAAUGAGCUGGAGACCCUCAAGGACAAACUCACUGAGGAUGUUAAAAACCUAACAUUAAAAACUGAGCAGGAGACGCAGAAGCGGAGCUUGACUCAAAAUGACUUGAAGAUGCAGCUGCAGCAGGUGAACAGCCUUAAGAUGUCAGAGAAACAGCUUAAGCAAGAGAUCAACCACCUGACGGAGAUCAGAGCGAGCCUUGAAAAACAGAACUCUGAGCUGCGCAAAGAACGUCAAGAUGCAGACGGCCAAAUGAAGGAACUCCAAGACCAGCUAGAGGCGGAGCAAUAUUUCUCUACCCUGUACAAGACGCAGGUGCGGGAAUUAAAGGAGGAGUGUGAAGAAAAGGUUAAGCUGUGUAAGGACAUGCAGCAGAAGGUGCAGGAGCUCCAGGAUGAGAGAGAUUCACUGGCAGCUCAGCUGGAGAUCACUCUGACCAAGGCGGACUCUGAGCAGUUGGCACGUUCCAUUGCUGAGGAGCAAUACUCUGACCUGGAGAAGGAGAAGAUCAUGAAAGAGCUGGAGAUAAAAGAAAUGAUGGCUCGCCACAAACAGGAGCUCGCUGAGAAAUAUGCUACUAUAAGCUCUCUUGAAGAUGCAAACAAGACACUAACUACUGAUGUGGCCAACCUGGCUAACGAGAAGGAGGAGCUGAACAAUAAAUUUAAGGAGACCCAAGAACAGAUUCAAAAUCUGAAAGAGGAAGAAAGCAGCGUCAUGGUCAUUAAAUUACAAUACGAGAAGCAGCUGUUGACUGAGCGGACUCUAAAAACUCAGGCUGUGAACAAACUGGCUGAGAUCAUGAACAGGAAAAUUCCCACCAAAGGCGGAGCUGACACAGACGUUCGUAGAAAGGAGAAGGAGAAUAGGAAGCUGCAGCUGGAACUGAAAUCUGAAAGGGAAAAACUCAGUCACCUUGUCAUCAAGUAUCAGAAGGAGAUGAAUGAGAUGCAGGCGCAAAUAGCAGAUGAGAGCCAAGUUCGCAUUGAGCUGCAGAUGGCGCUGGACAGCAAAGACAGCGACAUUGAGCAACUUCGGUCACAGUUGCAGUCAAUCCACAUUGGUAUGGACAGCACAAGUAUUGGCAGCGGGCAUGGUGAUGCUGAAAAUGAUGAUGGCUUCCCAGUGCACAUCACUCAGUCCCGUACUACGGAGUCCAUGUCAUUCACCUACCAACGUUCCUCUACCUCUGUCCGCAUUGGCACUAGGCCCUCCCGUUCUCGCUUGCUUUUCAACUCUGAUUCUGAUUGCGACUCAGAGGAGGAGCCCAUACCUUGUGCACAAGCCCCUUCAGAUCCUGAUAGCGAUGACAAUGAAGAAUCCAGAUUGGAAGGAUGGUUGUCACUUCCUGUGCGCAAUACCAAAAAAUUUGGAUGGAUUAAAAAGUAUGUGGUUGUUAGCAGCAAGAAGAUCCUGUUUUAUGACAGUGAGCAGGACAAAGAGCAAUCUAACCCGUACAUGGUAUUAGAUAUAGACAAGCUGUUCCAUGUACGACAGGUAACGCAGACAGAUGUGUAUCGAGCAGACGCCAAGGAGAUACCUAGGAUAUUCCAGAUUUUAUAUGACAAUGAAGGAGAAAGCAAGAAGGAACAGGAAUUUCCAGUGGAUCCCGCGGAGAAGUCGAACUACAUUUGUCACAAGGGUCACGAGUUCAUCCCCACCCUUUACCACUUCCCGACCACUUGUGAUGCCUGUAUGAAGCCCCUAUGGCACAUGUUCAAACCCCCUCCUGCCUUAGAGUGCCGACGCUGCCAUAUCAAAUCCCACAAGGAUCACAUGGAUAAGAAGGAGGACAUGAUAGCACCUUGCAAAGUAAACUACGACAUUUCUACGGCGAAGAAUCUACUGUUACUAGCAAACUCCACAGAAGAGCAGCAGAAGUGGGUAAGUCGGCUGGUGAAGAAAAUCCCCAAGAAGCCACCAGCACCUGACCCUUUUGCCCGCUCCUCUCCAAGAACUUCCAUGAAGGUACAGCCAAAUCCGUCAAUCAGGCGGCCUAGUCGACAGCUUCCUCCAAACAAACCCAGCUCUGCUCCUUCCCUCCGAAUCAUUCUCCAUUGA